AAGAGAACCAAACGAGAGUGGAUCGUUCCUCCCACCAAGCUGACGGAGAAUGUUGACUACACUAGCAGGGAGUUCAUCGCUAAGAUCCGGUCAGACAAAGACAGAUACGAAAAGGUGGAGUACUACCUGACGGGAGUGGGGGCGGACAAGCCCCCUUACAACCUGUUCGUGGUAGACCCCAAGACGGGUUUUGUGCGAAUCACUGGAAUUUUGGACCGGGAGGAAUACUCCGUCUACAAUCUAACAGGAAGUGCUAGAUAUCUUGACGGGACCGAGGCUGAGGUGGGUGUCCCAUUGACCAUCACAGUUCUGGACCAGAAUGACCAGACACCUUAUUUUCAGCGGCAUUACGGAAACGUGACGGAAGCUAGCAAAGAAGGCACUUUUGUUAUGCAGAUCAGCGGCAAAGACAACGACCAAGCGGGGACCAUUAAUUCCGAGAUAGUGUACAGUAUCAUCAGCCAAGAGCCGGAAAGUCCCGCUCCCAUGUUCACUAUUGACAGAAACACUGGAAAACUCUACGUCAACAGUCCCUUACUGGACCGAGAGACAAACGACUUCUAUCAACUCAUCGUGCAGGGUGCGGACUUAGCCGGGGCUCCUGGGGCACUGGUAGGGACGGGAACCGUGGAGAUCAGAGUCCAGGAUAUCAACGAUAACAUCCCCACUUUGGAGAAACAAGAGUAUUCUGGCUACGUCGAUGAAAAUGUUCAAGACGUGGUGGUGAUGCGGAUCAAAUCUCUGGACCGAGACCUGGAGUUCACCGACAACUGGAAGACUGUCUUCAACAUCGCUAGCGGAAAUGAAGACAAUCUUUUUCAUAUUUAUACCGAGGAAGAAACCAAUGAGGGCGUCCUGAUGCUAAUUAAGCCUGUGGACUUUGAAGAAGUCCAAAAGCUGGAGUUGAGCCUCCUCAUUUUGAACGUAGCACCCUUUGUGGAGGGCGGUGCAACACUGAUGGACGUGGAUGUCCUGGCUGGAGCGGGGAAUCGCCCUUCUGGUCCCCGAGAUCCUCUCGGACCUGGUCCAGGUUCAGGCGCAGUUGUCGGUUCUGGUGCAGAAACAGUCUCCGGCGCCGCGGUCGGUUCUGGUUCAGACCCACUUUCCGGCGCUGGCGGGAUUGCAAGUCCCGAUGCUGGUGUGAAAGAAGCCGAGGCAGGACCAAAGGCUCCGACCAAAGGCUACCUCAUCAAGAUUGCCGUGAAUAACAUGCCAGAAGAUCCGGUGUUUCUACCCGAAACCAAGAACCUCCGCUUAUCCGAAGACCCGGCGGAAGCACCAGAAAACGGCGUGAUCGCCGUGUUUGCGGCUGAAGAUCCAGACACUGGGAAACCGGCGGAGGAUGUCAGCUACUUAAAAGGCUACGAUCCGGGAAACUGGUUCACUGUGGAUAAAGAAACAGCGGAAAUUAGACUCAACAAGGCACCGGACCGAGAGUCUCCCUUCCUGGUGAAUGGAACCUACAUUGCAAAGAUUCUGGCCAUUACCAAAGACGAACCCCCGAAGACGGCAACGGGGACGCUGGCCAUCCAAGUGAGCGAUGCUAAUGACCACUGCCCCACGCUGAGCGCCACCCGCGCUAGCGUAUGCUCAAACCAAAAGACAGUCUAUGUGACCGGCGUGGACCAGGACGCUAGCCCGAACGCCGCUCCCUUCACCUUCACAAUCAUUCCUGAAGGGACACGUGGAAAAUGGGAGAUCGAAGUCAUAAACGAGACGAGUGCUGCCAUUCACUCUCAAAAUGCCCUGUGGCCUGGUUCGUACGAGGUGCGGGUAGAGGUGGCCGACGCCCAGGGUCUGUCCUGCCCCGAUGUCCAGACAUUCACAGUGGAAGUGUGCACCUGCGUGGAUGGAGAGGACUGUGGGGCUCGAACGGCCAAACUGGGUUGGCGUCCGACAUCGGAACUCUCCGCCGCUGCCGUCGGACUGAUGCUGCUGGCGUUGGGCCUCCUCUUGUUCGUCCCUCUUUUGAUGCUUUUCUGCCAGCGUGGCGGCCAGGGCGCCGUCUUUCCCGACCAGUUUGACGACCUGCCGUUCAACACCAAGGAACAGCUCGUUUCAUACCACACCGAGGGUAUCGGUGAGGAUAAGGAGGUGCCACUCUUGAGCGUCCCCAUCAUGUUGGAGAACCAGAGGCUAGUCGAGACAAAUACAUCUGGAGUCCUCACUGGGGUUCAUCAGGCAACAUCGGCUUACAAUGAAUCAUUGUACAACCUUCAGAAGGUCUCUCGAGGUUUCUCGGAGGUGGACAACAUAUUCAGGGUCGGUCUUGGUGCUGGUUGUGUCUUCAGGAGGCAACAUGAAGAGUUUGUCUUUGAUGACCUGGCGCUACCUGUUAGCAUCCUCCAGGAUUACUACUCACAGAAAGCAGAGUGUGCAGUUCCAGUCCAAGACAGUCCGUUGGUGUUUAAAAACGAAGGGUCGGAGUCACCCAUCAGCUCCGUUGGUUGCUGCAGCCUCUUGGAGUCUGAAAAGGACCUGCAGUUCCUAGACGACCUGGGGCCCAAGUUUAAAACCCUGGCGGAGAUCUGUUCCCCUCUACCACCAUCGCCCAAACUUUCAAUAAAAGCAUCAAACUCCAUCCCUCAUCAGGGAGUCCCAACAGCUCUUGAGAUGAAGUGUGACACAAACACAGAGAAGGAUGCCACGUCAACUGAGAAGUUCUCGUUCAGGUCCAGAAAUGGUUCAAACAAACAGAAAAAAGCUCAGAACACGGUUUUGCAGCAGGAGCAGUCGCUUUACUUUACAACCAGUCCCGUGCUUCAGCCAAUGCACUAUGUGGUUCAGCCUCAGAUGCAGAACACGGUCCUACUGGCAGACGGGUUCCCGGCAGAUAGUUUUCAAGGGCUCUAUGUGGUCAACGGACUAGAGAGUCCUACUUCUGGACUCUUAGUCACUGAGAUCCAAAAUCCAGUAGUCAGUGGAAGCCAGAGUCCUACUGCUGGACUUAUCGUAGCUAAUGUCCAAAACCCUCCAAGCAUUAUUCCUACCUCUGGACUUGUUGUCACUGAAGUUCAAAGACCUCCCUCUGGGCAUGUGAUCAAAAAAGUCCAGAAUCGUGGAACUGGAACCAAAGUCAAAAGACCGUCCUCAGUCAAUGUGGUCAACGGACUAGAGAAUCCUACCUCUAGAGUCUUAGUCACUGAGAUCCCUAAUCCAGUAGUCAAUGGAAGCCAGAGUCCUACCACUGGAUUUAUUGUAGCUAAUAUCCAAAACCCUCCAAGCAUUACUCCUACAUCUGGACUUGUUGUCACUGAAGUUCAAAGACCUCCCUCUGGGCUUGUCAUCAGAGAAGUUCAGAAUCGUGGAAUUGAAACGAAAGUCAAAAGACCUUCCUCAGUCAAAGGAUCCAAGAAUCGCCUCCCUGGACUUAGUAGUCAUGGGUCUCUAAAGCUCUUCCAUUGA